CGGGGUCCAGCGAGAGCGGACAUAGUGAAUGCGGGGUCUGGGAGAAGACCGGACAUAGUGAAUGCGGGGUCCGGGGAGAGCGGAUAUAGUGAACAGGGGUCCGGGGAGAGCGGAUAUAGUGAAUGCAGGGUCCGGGAGAGCGGAUAUAGUGAAUGCAGGGUCCGGGGAGAGCGGAUAUAGUGAAUGCAGGGUCCGGGGAGAGCGGAUAUAGUGAAUGCAGGGUUCGGGGAGAACGGAUAUAGUGAAUGCGGGGUCCGGGGAGACCAGAUAUAGUGAAUGCGGGGUCCGGGGAGACCAGAUAU